AUGAGGGACGAGGUCGGGGCGUGUGUGAACAAGCUGAAGUGCCACAAAGCAGCAGGAGCGGAUAGGACAGUCAACGAGUUCAUGAUGUUUGGGGGGAAGGGGAUGAUCCAGCUGAUGGUACUGCUAUACAAUUGGGUGUGGAAAAACGAGUAUACGCCAUGUAGAUGGAGGGAAGGAGUGGUUGUGAACUUGUUUAAGAAAGGAGGCAAGAUCGACCCAGGAAACUACAGGGGGAUCACACUGUUGGACACAGUAGGAAAAGUGUUUUGGAAGCUACUGAUUGAUGGCAUAGUGGAAGUAUUGGAGAAGGAACAUAGCAUUAGUGAGGGCCAGGCAGGUUUCCGCAAGAAGAGGGGGUGCGUAGACCAUGCAUUCACGGUAGGGACAAUCAUCCAAGGUAGAAAGAGGGCGGGAAAGCCGAUGUACUGCUUCUUCCUGGACGUGAACAAGGCAUACGAUACCGCAUGGAGAAAUGGGCUUAGGAAACAAAUCUCCAAGCACGGAACCAAAGGGACAAUGUGGAGAGAGUGUACGAAAAGCGCGGGGGUCCCACAAGGUUGCACGCUGUCCCCUACAUUGUCCCAGGUGUUCAUCAACGAUCUGUUGGAAGUCGUGAAGGCAGUCCGGGAGGGAGUGUCGGACACCCCUGAGGUACUGCAACUGCAAAUUGACGCGGCGAAGAGGUUUACUGAGAAGCGGAGAUUGUCUGCCAACGUUAAGAAGAGUGCCGUCAUGGUAUGCAACGAUCACAGGGAGGAACCAGUAGAACAUAGAUGGAAGUGGGAGAUCGACGAGACUGCAGUAGUGGAACAGUACACAUACCUCGGAGUAGAGAUCGAAAAGACUCCUCUGCACCCAAUACUCGCAAACGGACACCUCGGUACACGCAUCAAAUUGACGGUUUUGAAGAGCGUAAUCGUACCGCCGCCAGAGUACACCGGAGACGUAUGGGAAGGAAAUCAGAAGGUAGUGAAAGAAGUCGAGGCGGUGCAGAUGAAAACAGCGAAAAACAUCCUAGGAUGCUUCAGGCGCACAAGUAAUUCAGCCGUCAGGGCAGAAUUGGGGAUCCAAUCCCUACGGUCGGGAAGAGACGCGAGGAAGCUGACCUGGCAGUAUCGCAUGUGCGGGAUGGGAGAGGAGAGGUUGCCGAGGAUUGUAUGGGAGGCGAAGUGGGCAAACAAAAAGAGGGGUAGACAACCCACGGAAUGGGUCAAGGUUGUAGAGGACGCAUGGAAGGGGCUCGAAGGCGACGAAGAUGAAACGCUGGAAACGGAGGGUCUACAGGGGUUCAAGGAGAAGAUAUAUGUUGCUUGUGCCGAGUGA